UUUAGUUAGAACGUAGAUAAAUGUAUAUCUUGGAUAAUCUAGAUCAAACGGUUUUCAGUUUGAGAUCCUACUCUACUACAAGUUGCGAAUACAUGUAGAUCUAGAUCUUUUUUUAAUACUAAAGGACCUUGAUAAAAGAAACAACACAAUGAUGUCUUUGCUUUGUAAGAAUAUCAGCCAAACGUCACAGUCUGAAAAUCGUUGUCCUACGCUAUACAGUAAAUAUGGUAACUUUGAGGCCUACAUGAACGAGAACACAGUGCACUUUGAAUGUUUAAGAAACUUCCAUUACGUCUCGGGCAGCCCAAGUCGAGUCUGCAUGGACAAUGGGAGAUGGUCAGGGGAACAUUUCAAAUGUGAAGUCGACUACUACAUGGAGAGGUAUAAACUAAGCGGCUGUAUUGUUCUUUCUGCGCUUUUGUUUUCCUUCAUUUUCUUUGGGACAGAUCUCUACCUCUAUGCAAACAGAAGGAGAAACUCAAGAGACACUAGUCGAAGACGUCAAUAUUUGUCUAUGCAAAAAGUUAGUACCUUCAUUGUUAGCCAUGAUGGCAGAGAGCAUCCGAUGUAUCACAAACCUUUCUCCCGCUUGACCACAGGUUACCCAAGUACCAAAUCGAAAAUUAAGUCUCUUGCUGAGUAUCAGUCCACUACAUCUCUACCUCUGAGUAUGCAAGGCUCUUCUUACAUUGAAACGAACCCCAGGGAUUUCUGGUACAUCAAAUCGAUCCUUAAAAUGUCUCCGAAUUUGGAUGUCACCAACAACCAGCCAAGUUUUAUGAAAAGUCUAUUUCCAUUUCACAACAGAUCAAAUCAUGACACUGGCAGUGGAGGCCUGACGUCAGCAGAGAGAGUUCACGUACCUACUGCUCCCGACCAGGCUUAUCAAGGUAUUCGAUUAAUCAAAGCCCAAAGAACAGACACUCACUAUUAUAAAGAUGAGGAGGUCAUUGGCAUAGGAAGACCGGAAGUUAAAAGGAAAAAGUCUGAAAAAAUGGAAGUAGAAAAACCUCAAAAGCGUAAAAUCCUAAUGGCCAUGAAUACAAGAGUUCGUGGCUCGGAUGCUCAUGAUCUGUCUCCGAGAUGGUCUCAGAAAGAAGGCAGGAAACGAAAACUGACUUCAACUCUGUAACUCGGAGCUUACCAGCUUUUUGACAUUGGUCAUUGCACUAUAGUAGUGACAAUAGUGACAUCUGACUGUUAAUGAAAUCAGUAGUUUGACAUUUGAAUAUAGUACGGACAUAGCAGACUAUUGUGUUCAUUUGAAUAUAGCUUUGACAUUGGUAGUCUACUUUUGACAUGUGUAAUGUAUAAACAAAAUCGGUAGACUGUAGUUCGACGUGUAUUAUAUAAAAAAGCUAGUCUAUAGUUUGACCAGUUUGAGUAUGAUCAAUUUACAUUAAUUACCUAUAGUUGAGUCACGUAUAGUCUGACUAUAAUUUUACUUAUUUGUUCAGUUUAGUUUGAUGUGCUUUUUGUGAUUUGAAUGUUGUUGUUUGUCAUUGCAGUUCAGAAGAGAUACAUUGUGUUACGGCUAUGUACCAUUGUUGUUUUCAUCAUAAAACUUAUUUGUCAACAAUC